AUGCAUUGGAACAGUUGUAAGCUCUGGCUCAUUGCUAAGAAUGGCUACGGCAUGCAUCUCACAAGUCUCGGCAGUGACUCUACGUCUGGGAACCACACAGAACUAGGCACCGAAUGUCGUUUUCGAAUUGACAGCUCUCGGUCGAUUGAAGAAGUUCCGCCGAAGCCACCAAAUAGUGAUAUACCGUCGAUACACAGUACAGCUAAGGAACCCUGA